UCCAGUAAAUGUAGAAAAAUUAAAUUAGAGAGGUUAUGUUGCAUGAACGUAACUUAUUCAAGGUAUUGCAUUUUUUAAAUAAAUUAUACAACUGAGAAUAUCCACUUUUCUAAAAAAUGAUCGGUAUCCAAAAGGAUUAAAGUAAACAGAACAAAAUUAUGUUCAUUAACCGAUAGAGUGACAGUGUAUUUACUAGUACGACAUAGAGGCUGAAAAAUUAUUUCUAAAAGAAAGAAAAAAGAAUGGAAAACCGUUGCACCGAUUUAUUUCGUGUCAUCUUAAUGCUAAACUGUCUUGUCCUAUUUCUUUCUUUCACGGAAGGGAGAAGUGCACCAGUGGCACUGAGUGUCAUAGACAUUAUGAAAAAUGACUCGAAAAUAUGCCCGACAUCUCAAUUUUUAUAUGAUUCAAAGUAUACAAAACUUUGUGCAAACGUUGCAUACCCAAUUCCUUCGUGGGUAUACAGUUCAGAAACUGUAAAUAGUUUUCUGUGUUUAGGAGUUUACGAUACAGCAUAUAAGAUUUGUCAAUAUUCUAGUCAGUUACAAAUUCCUUUUAAUAAUACAGCAGCAUUCAAUUCAUAUGUGGAAGAUUAUGUUCUCAAUGAAAAUAAACAAGAAGAUGUUUGCAACAAUCUACAGGGAUUUACACCGCUAUAUGAUAAAAUAGAUUUACUUUGGGGACCAUUGGUCGAAAAUCUUAAUGUACCUCAUAAAUGUAGCAAAAUAUGCUUCGAUCUUCAAGAUAAAUUUCAGCCACUAUGUGCGGUAUUAGCUUGGAUCAAAAGCUUUGACGAUAAUAUGAUGAAAAGUAUAAAAGAAGUAGAAACAAAACAUGACCUUGUAACAUCUGAUAAACCGCAUAUAAGUCAGUCAAAAGAUGAAGUAACAGGUGACAUUAAAACUACUCCAAUUGAAUCUAAAAAAACAGAAACAAAAGAAUUUAAGGAGCAAGACAGGAAGCAACUUGUAGAUUCCAAUGAUAGUGUUAAAAAAGGUAACUCAAAUGUACCUGACAACGUACCACUUACAAAUGUAAAAUCCAAUAGAGAAAAAACAAAAUUUCCUACAGAAAAAGAGAAUAACAUUCAAAAGAAAAUGAAUAAUACUUUAGAGACACAUAAAUCAGCAUCUGCAAUAUUUAAAGAAAAUAAAGAGAAUAGUAUUGGUACUGAACUAGGUAAUAAUGCCGAAGUUCCAAAACCUAUGAAAAAUAUUCCUCUAAAUAGCGAUUCCCAAGCUCCAUCAAUAAAUAAAGCUAUAAAUAAUAUAAAUGAAAACGUAAAAGAAGAAAAUACACAGAAAUCUAAUAAGGAGCAAAAUGUUGAUGAUUUAAAACCUAGUACAUUAUCAGAAAAUACGCAAGAUCAUUAUGAUGCAGCUAAUCCAGAAGAAAAUAUGGAAAAUGAUAUAGAUGAUGUAGAUGACACAAUUCAACAUCCAGAUACAGGAAAUCAAAAUGAAAAUAUGCAAGAAACCUUUGAACAAAAGAAUAAUAAUGCUAGAUUAACGGAAUAUUCUACUAUGAGAACGGAAGAUGAUUCUCAUUUCUUUACUUAUUUUACUGUCGUUACUUUGGCUUGUCUUGCUGGAUACAUAGGUUAUCAUAAUAAACAAAAGAUAUUUGCUAUUGUAUUAGAGGGUCGAAGAUCAAGAAGUAAUCGUGGUAGACGACGACCAAGUACAGCAAGCUACCGAAAACUGGAUUGUACACUUGAAGAAGCUGUUACCUCGCAAUGUAAUGCUAAUGUUACUCAUGUCAUAUAUUAAUGCGAGUAGAUUAUCAUAAAUUUAAUAAUGUCUGUAUUAUAGUACAAGUGUAAUAUAUUUUGUA